UGACCAGAGACAGUGAGAGAGUUUACUUAAAAAAAACCCAAAAAAUAUCAACGAAAAUGGAAGACGACGAAGAAGAAGAAAAGACGCAGAAGUUGCACAAGGAGGAGAAGAAGAAGAAGAAGCAACAAGAGGAAGACAACAACGGAAAUCAACGAAAACGAGACCAGUUUUCUCCACCUGCGAAAUCUCCACCCCAAAAUCGCAACCCAGAGAUGUCUUCUAGAUCAUCGCUUCAUUCAUUGCCACCAACGACGGUCGAUUCACCACCUCCUGAUUCACCCACCGUCUCUUCGAUCCCCGAUAGCCACGGAUCUUCACCUCACACGAUCAUCCCGACUCCUUCCGUUGCUUCGGUCGCGACGAAGAACGAGACUCCUUUCAGGAUUACUAACGAAGAGCAGAAACUCGGCGAGAGUAGAAGGCAAUUGAGGCCAAGCUUUUCUACUCCGCGUGAAUCGAAAUGGGCAAGUUUUGUUAGAAAGGCUUUGCUUGGAUUUAGGGUUUCUGCGUUUGUGUCAUGCCUCGUUUCGUUCUCUGUUAUGGUUGCUGAUAGAGAUAAAGGAUGGGCUCGUGAUUCUUUCUACAAUUACAAAGAGUUCAGGUUUUGUUUGGCUGCGAAUCUGAUUGGUUUUGUCUAUUCAGCUUUUAUGAUAUGUGAUCUCUUGUAUCUGUUAUCUACUAGCAUUCGCAGAUCAAGACAUAACCUCCGUCAUUUCUUGGAAUUUGCUCUUGAUCAAAUGAUAGCGUAUCUUCUUGCAUCGGCUUCAACAUCGGCUUCGAUCCGUGUAGACGAUUGGUUAUCAAACUGGGGAGCAGACAAGUUCCCAGACUUAGCUAGAGCAUCGGUCUCGUUGUCUUUCGUCUCCUUUGUCUCAUUCGCCUUUUGCUCCUUAGCUUCCGGUUAUGCGCUUUGUUCACUCCGGUCUAUCUAAACCAAAACAAGCACAAGCUCGAGACUCAUGACCAUCUCAUUUUGUUUAAAUAUAGUUCACUCUCGAAGUUAAUUCUUUCUACGUCUUGGUUUUCUGAAGGAACUCGACCCUGAAUCUCGGUAAACGAUGAAGAGGGUCCAGUUUUCGUAGUAUUUUAAAUUGUUAAAAACUUUUAAUUUAAUAUAGUGGAGGGUUUUUUGUUUGUUUGUUUACUUUUCAUGUUGCAGAAUAUUCCUUCUCGAAAAAGAUGGUGUACUGAUCUAAAAAAUUCCGA